AUGCCUCCUAAGAAGUCUGCCAUCGCGGCUGCGGCCUCCAAGACGGGCAAGAAGAAGAAGUGGUCCAAGGGCAAGGUCAAGGACAAGGCCCAGAACGCCGUGUACCUCGACAAGGUGCUGUACGAGCGUGUGAUCAAGGAAGUGCCCACGUUCAAGAUGAUCACGCCCAGUGUGCUCAUCGACCGUUUGAAGAUCAACGGCUCGCUGGCUCGCCUGGCGAUCCGCCACUUUGAGCGUGAGGGCCAGAUCAAGCCUGUGAUCCACCACAACGGCCAGCUCGUGUACACUCGUAACAGUGACUAG